UCUUAAAUAACCCAACAGAAUAGGCUAUGUUUUGGACCGCGUUUGUGCUGUCAGUGUUGUAAACCAACCUUAGCCUGAGUAAUGUUCAGCAUCUCAGUCUUUUCAGUUGUAGCGUUCAGAUCAAGAUACCUUUCUUAUUAAGACUAGGGCUUUAAUUGUAAUUUAAUCUGAAUCACGGUUGAAUCACGGUUUGAUUUUCAAAUGCGAAAAAGUGGGCUAGCUGGCUGUGCCUAGUAAGGCUUUGCGGGACUAAUACUGACAAAAGAGCCUAUCACCUCAGGUGCAUUCUUCAGAUAAGGUAGGCUACUGUACUCACUCAACGACAUAGACCUAGGCAAGCUAGCCUACUCGUCCCACGCCAGGAGGCGGAUUUAGUUAAAUUAAUGUGUUCGUUUUGAUAGCAAAAAGAGAGAGACGAGGGAACAACACUCUAACGAAAAGGAUACAAUACAAAUGGAUUGCUUUUAAUGGACUUUUUCUGUCAUGUGAAGUUAACCGACUGGUAGGCUAUUCUCAAGACGUGCACAGUGGGACUUGAGCAGUUUUUGCCAUGGGGGGCUGCUGGAGACGGACCUGUAUGUGUUUCCUUACCGAGGACGAAAGACGGGCUAUCUUUAUAGACAUGGAGAUCCAAAAAAUCCUCAAACACCAGAAAAAGAAAGAACGCAAAGAGAUAAAAGUACUUCUUCUUGGGACUGGAGAAAGCGGCAAAACCACAUUCCUCAAACAAAUGAGGAUCAUCCAUGGCAAUGGCUACUCUGAGGAGGACAGACGAGGAUUUGCCAAGUUGGUUUUUCAGAAUGUCUUCACAGCUGUAAAGGCCAUGACUGGGGCUAUGGCCACCCUCAGGAUCCCCUAUGCCAAUCCACAGAAUGAGGUUUAUGCUAAGUGGUUCCAAGACGUGGACAUCAGGCAGGUCACUCAGUUAGACAGAGGAUUUGUGGACGCUCUCAGGCAUCUCUGGGCAGAUGCGGGGCUCAGGGUCUGCUAUAGUCGCCGUCGUGAGUACCAGCUCCUGGACUCCACCGAAUACUUCAUGACGAAUCUUGAGCGUAUCGCUGGCCCUGACUACGUCCCUACUGCUCAAGAUGUCCUUCGAGUCAGAGUGCCCACCACUGGCAUCAACGAUUAUUCCUUUUGUGUCCAGAGAAUAACACUCAGGAUUGUGGAUGUGGGUGGACAGAAAUCGGAGCGCCGCAAGUGGAUCCAUUGUUUUGAGAACGUGACAUCGCUCAUAUUCUUGGCCUCCCUCAGUGAGUACGACCAGCGGCUGGAGGAGAACGACACAGACAACCGCAUGGUGGAGAGCCUGACCCUGUUCUACACCACCAUCCACUCACCCUGGUUCUUCAGCUCCUCCAUCAUACUCUUCCUCAACAAGAAGGACAUCUUGGCUGAAAAAGUCCAGACUUCGGACCUACAAACAUACUUUCCAGGGUUUACAGGAAGGAGACGUGAUGCUCAGGCAGCCAUGGACUACAUCAAAGAGAUGUAUAAGCAGCAGCGCCUCAGCCGAGAAGACAAGCAGGAAAGCAAGAUCAUCUAUCCCCACUUCACCUGUGCCACAGACACUAACAACAUCCGUACGGUGUUCAACGAUGUGAAGGACACAGUGCUGAUCAAAUCACUGGCUGAAUAUGGGGUUAUUUGAGGGCCAGGACACUUCUAGAGAGCGGAAUGUCUUUUUUUUGUCUAUUCUAAAAUCACUUUCCCUAUUUUCCUGUCUUUUUUAAUGCACUGGAUAUUAUUGUAAUUAUCAGUCAAAGCAUUCAGAUUAAUAACCAGUCUCAGUGAGGAGGUGUGGCCAAAAGAAACUGCUAUCAAAUAAUGUCUAAGUAAAUACAUUUGUUAGGGAUGGGCAAACCAAAGUAGUUAAGCAGUACACUUUUAUACAUAUGAAUAUAAUGCAUUUUUUAUGUUACAUGGGGAAUUAGUUAGAUAGUAGGGCAGUGCCUUCCAAUGCAACAACUGUUGCCCUGAGUGAAAACAUUUGAGAAUAUUAUUAAAUAAUAUUUUGAUAUUAUGUAUUUUUUCCUGGAUUUCUAGAACCAAAGAAAUAUUUAGAUACAAUUACAUGCUAGACCAGUAACAUGAAUAUACAGUGUAAAUGUUAUAAA